CUAUUACCCCUAUUAAUCCCUGUCAUUCUAUGUGGCUGUGCACGGUUAUGGCUUAGACUCCAGCCCCGAAUUCAGCCCUGAAUGUCGUCAUCUCACUCCCUCCAUCGGCGGCCUAGGGACCCGACGGGAAUCUAUGUACCCCAAGCCCCGGGACUUUGGAAGUUAUCGGAUCUAGUAUUUCCAUAUUCUGUAUUUAUCGAAGGAUACUGCGAUUUCUAGAAAAUGGGUGAUACGGGCCCCGGUAUCCCGUUAGAGCGAAGACCAGCGUGCGAUAGUUGCAAGUCUCGAAAGACUAAAUGUGAUAGGAGGUCACCAUGUUCAAGUUGUGUGACCCUCAAUAUCGCAUGUCGGACCACACCCCGGCCGUCCGAGAAGCGACAGCGUGUCCUCAUAUCAUCGAAAUAUGAUGAAGCUGUACAAGAUGUCAGACGUCAACUUAGUGAUGUUAGAGAAAUGCUCCAGACACUCAUGUUAAAUAAAACUUCGACACCUUGUUCAACAGGGGAAACAUCAGAGGCCACACAUCAUACACCAUCGCCGAUGAUUGAUGAACAGGUUCCCAGCUUGUCUAAAGUUCGCGAAGGCUAUAAUGGCGAUACCUCGUUCCAGUCGCACGCCCAUCAGGUUAAAAAUGCACUCGAAGCAGCACUAACAGCGUCCGAGCUUCUCAACGUCGAGUCUCAAGAGGCUUCAACGACGUUAUCUCCACAGAAAGUUGCAGAGCUUCUCCAUGGCGCAGAGGCAGGUGAUACUGCAACUUCGGCCCCGAUUGCUACCCCAUCUCUCCCCUCGGCAGACGACCUUGAUUUUGGGAAACUGCCACUACCCCCGGUAGAUAUUGUUCUGAAGCUCUUACGCUUAGCCAAGUCCCACAAACAACAGUUCUUCGUAGACAUCCCCACCUUCGAAGAGGACGAAUUCAUCGAUAUGUGUCGGGGAGUUUAUUUCGCAACAGAACCUAUAUCGCUGUGGACUUGGAUAUGUGUCAAUGUUGGCCUGUACCACCUCUUCUCUGGUGUUAACGAAGCCGAACGCGAGCGUAUGGGUACGACUUUCGAUAUAAUGCGCUCGCACUGUGGGUUGUUGAAGGCGAAUGCCGAUGCAGCGAUGCAGAGCCUUCGUCUAUGCUCGGAACCCUCAAGAGAAUCGUGUCGAGCCUUGGCGUUACUUGGUACCUUUUAUGUCAAAGAAGGGCACAGCACGAUUGCGUGGAGGCUGAUUAGUGCCGCCGCAAGAGCCUGUUUAGACUUGGGUUUCCAUCGUUUAUCUGAAAAUGUCGGAAGCCAGGACCAUGUUCAAAAGGCCUCCGUGUUUUGGCAUAUUUAUUGCUGGGAAAAGGGGUUGGCCAUGACAAGUGGACGGACACCUAUCAUUCACCAUUACGACGUGACAACCCCUAUCCGAACGGACAGAGUUGAUGCUCCAGCAAGAGUAUACGCUGGUUUUCUCAAUCAAGCCAUUAUCAUGGAUGAAAUUCAACAAACCCUAUUUUCGGGGUCGGCGCGACAGGCCUCACAACAGACCCGUUCCGAAUAUGUGAGAGGCUUUGCUGCUAGGCUCAUUAGCAUUCUAGAUUCCGUUAGAUCUGCAACCCAAGCAGAUCCUACGUGGGACGAGAUGUAUGGAGCGGCCGCUUUAUUAGUCGAACUUGUAUCUCAUUCUUUACUUACUAUUGUAUACCGGAUACUCCCACCUAGUUCCGCGCAGCCCCAUCCAUUGCAGUGCUCCAAUGAAUGCGUAGAUUCGGCACGCAGAGCGCUGUCAAAACUGGUAGAGGUUGGAGAUAACGUACUGCGAAAAUACCCAUCCAAUUGGGUGAUGUUUCUAAAUAUAAUAUUGUCCCUGGUACCAUUUGUGCCUUUCAUUGUCUUAGCUGGCAAUGCCAUCGCGACAUCGUCUAGUACUGACCUGAGCCUCCUUUCCUCGGUGGUGUCGAUAUUAGCCCCGACAGGCGCAAAUUCUCCCACAAUCCAAAAAGUCCACGAUGCUUGCGAGAGAUUCGGUCGCAUCGCCAACCUCGUAGUAUCAAGCGCUAAGAAAAGCCACUUGGGUAGUGCGGGGUACCAAAUACAAACUCCUGAUCACGAUCCAGCUGUAGGGGCUUCGAAGGAUUCAGCCAUAAUACCUAAUCCCAUACAACCAAGCCUCGUUGAUUACGGCUUUCCGAUGGCGCAGCAAGAUUGGGAUAGUGUAAUGGUUGGAUUUGAGUCGGAGCUCGGAGAUUAUGAUUCCAGGGCCCUGACAAACAUCAUAGAGCCUUAUAUCACAAAUACAAGUUGGUGAUACGGUGGCGUUGGGGCUGAUCUCUUAGCGCUGGGGUCCAAGGAAGUCUAGGGGGUGGGCUGUCUGAG